AUGGCUGGAGAAGGAGCUUUAUACGAGAAACUCGCAACGAUGAUGACCUCUGACCACGCUUCCGUGGUGUCGUUAAACAUAUUUGUUGCUCUUCUUUGUACUUGCAUCGUCAUCGGUCAUAUGUUAGAGGAGAAUCGUUGGAUUAAUGAAUCCAUCACUGCUCUUCUCAUUGGUUUGUGUUCCGGUGUGUUAAUAUUGUUUACGACCGGAGGAAGAAGCUCGCAUAUAAUGGUUUUCAGUGAAGAUCUUUUCUUUAUUUACCUUCUCCCACCCAUCAUUUUCAAUGCCGGGUUUCAGGUCAAGAAGAAACAAUUUUUCCGCAAUUUUAUGACUAUAAUGCUUUUCGGAGCAGUCGGUACACUCAUAUCAUUCUGCAUCAUAUCAUUAGGUGCCAUGCACUUCUUCCAAAAGUUAAAUAUUGGUUCCCUCAAGAUUGGAGAUUAUCUAGCAAUUGGAGCAAUAUUUUCAGCAACAGAUUCUGUUUGCACAUUGCAGGUUCUUAACCAGGACGAGACGCCGUUGCUAUACAGUUUGGUGUUUGGAGAAGGAGUAGUAAAUGAUGCAACUUCCGUGGUACUCUUCAAAGCAAUUCAGAGUUUCGAUCUCUCCCACAUUGAUUUCACCACUGCUUUACACUUAAUAGGAAACUUUUGGUAUUUAUUCAUAGCAAGCACUGUGUUGGGAAUCUUUGUUGGAUUGCUUAGUGCAUUUAUCAUUAAAAAACUCUAUUUUGGAAAGUUGAUAAGACACUCUACGGAUCGCGAGGUUGCUCUGAUGAUACUAAUGGCUUACCUUUCGUAUAUGCUAGCUGAAUUAUUUUCUUUAAGUGCCAUUCUCACUGUGUUCUUCUGCGGUAUUCUUAUGUCGCAUUAUACCUGGCAUAAUGUGACAGAAAGUUCAAGAAUAACAACAAAGCAUACUUUUGCUACUAUGUCAUUCAUUGCCGAGAUCUUUAUCUUCCUUUAUGUUGGGAUGGAUGCACUAGAUAUCGAGAAAUGGCGAUUUGUUAGUGAAAGUCCGGGGAAAUCAAUUGGAGUCAGUUCGUUGUUGUUGGCGCUUAUUCUAGUGGGAAGAGCAGCAUUUGUUUUCCCUCUUUCCUUCAUAUCCAACUUGUCUAAGAAGUCUCAAUCUGAGAAAAUUGAGUUUAAGCAACAAGUGACGAUUUGGUGGGCUGGUCUGAUGCGUGGCGCUGUUUCUAUUGCACUUGCUUACAAUCAAUUUACUAGGCACGGCCAUACUAAAUUGCACGAAAAUGCGAUCAUGAUCACUAGUACUAUUAGUGUUGUACUCUUCAGCACAGUGGUGUUUGGGUUAUUGACAAAGCCACUUGUGAAGUUAUUGCUUCCUUCAUCUAAACACAUAACAAUCAGCAUACCGUCCACACCGUCAAGCCCGAAAUCAUUCAGUGUGCCACUUCUUGGCAAUGAAGAGGAUGAUGUAGGGGGCAGUGAUGGGACUCAAAGACCAAACAGAUUGCUUCCUUCAUCUAAACACAUAAUAAUCAGCAUACCGUCCACACCGUCAAGCCCGAAAUCAUUCAGUGUGCCACUUCUUGGCAAUGAAGAGGAUGAUGUAGGGGGCAGUGAUGGGACUCAAAGACCAAACAGACUUCUUGGCAAUGAAGAGGAUGAUGUAGGGGGCAGUGAUGGGACUCAAAGACCAAACAGACUUCUUGGCAAUGAAGAGGAUGAUGUAGGGGGCAGUGAUGGGACUCAAAGACCAAACAGAUUGCAUUCGCUCCUUCGGAUUCCAAGCUAUGGGGUGCAUCAUUACUGGCGCAAAUUUGACAACUGUUUCAUGCGACCUGUCUUUGGUGGCCGGGGUUUUGUACCAUAUGUUCUUGGUUCUCCCCUUUAA